UUGCCACGUUGUUCCAUACUUCCAAUAUUUCCAUUUGCUUCCAUCGAACGAAAAGAAUGCGACAUGGUGCAGCUAAAACGAACACACCCGCCGUGUCCCAAGCAAGAUAAGUAAGGGAUCAGUGGGGAUCCCGGAUCAGUGGGAGAGGAACAGAGAGUCAGAGAGUGCAAGAGAGUGAGGAAAGAGGAAGAUCAUUCGGAGCACAUCACACACCCGCGUCGUAAUGCCGUCCGAGCGAGCACCAACAUAGCGACGAAUAAGUAAUUAUAUGAUGUAUCAGCACGCACGCGAAGGGCGAAACGUCAUACAAGUUGUCACAGACGGUGUCUCGGUUCUAACCUAAUUUCAUCCGUACCUGUUUUCUGAAGGAAUCUCAGUAGUACUACUGUACAUGAAACAUGAUGUCCAACGGCGUUCAAAAUCCGACAAAGCAAAUUGAAGAUACCUCGAUGGAGAAUAAUGUACAUCAUUCGGUCUCCACAUCAUCGCCAUCGUCAGCCUUGAAUUCUCCGCUCAUGAAGCUAUCUUCGUACUUCCUGGCAGCCCGACCAUGGUCGCUGAGCGCAUCGUUGAUGCCAACGCUUCUCGGAUCAGCGCUUGCAUAUCGGCUAACAGGCCUGAUGAGCUUCAGUUGGAUAUCAUUAAUCCUUACUGUGCUUAUAGUGUUUUGUGUGCAUGGUGCUGGUAAUGUAGUGAACACUUAUUUUGACUAUGUGAAAGGCGUUGAUAGUAGGAAAAGCGACGACAGAAUACUAGUAGAUCAUGUAUUGUCCAAAGAUGAAAUGGUAACAUUGGGGGCAUUCCUAUACGCAGCAGGAUGUUUAGGAUUUGUCUUACUGGCAAUUAUCUCUCCCGCAAAGAUGGAACAUCUGGCUCUUGUGUACUUCGGAGGCUUAUCUUCUUCCUUUCUCUAUACAGGAGGUAUAGGAUUGAAAUAUAUUGCUCUGGGCGAUGUACUUAUUUUAGUUAUAUUCGGUCCAAUCUCAGUUUUAUUUGCGUUUAUGGCGCAAACUGGUUACGUUGAACUAGGAACAAUUUAUUACGCAAUCCCGCUCGCCUUGAAUACCGAGGCUAUUUUGCAUAGCAAUAACACGAGAGAUAUGGAAAGCGACAAGAAAGCAGGAAUCGUAACGCUAGCUAUUUUAAUAGGUCAUACCGCAUCUCAUGUUUUGUAUGCUUUUUUACUGUUUACACCAUAUAUAAUUCUUAUAGUAGUGGCGUUUAGAUAUUCCCUCUGGUUUGUACUGCCAGUGGUCACUCUGCCGACCGCCUUUGAAAUAGAAAAGGACUUUCGCAAUCCACAUAGAAUUCAAAACGUGCCUAAACGGACAGCCGGUUUAAAUACGUUUCUAGGUAUUUUAUAUGUUAUCGCUUGUUUACUUGUAGGUUCGCUUCCUUAUCUAUAA